AUGGUACUCAUAAUUAAGAAUUCACCAGAUUCGGAUUUUGCUUCAUCAUAUGAAGGCGCGGCUUCAAACACUUCAGCAGCUACAACAAUAGAGGCAGGUAACGAUGUGGCUUCACUGAAUCGUGUUUUUUUUGCAAAAACAUUUACUGAACCACCAACGAGAGAGAGCGGUGGAAGCUCUGAAGUUUCUUCUCAAAGUAUUGCAUGUGGUGAACAAAACGAGUUACAAGAUUCUGGUUCAAAAUCUUUUUUGGAUCGAAAAAAAAAAAAAAAAGAGAUAGAACGAAUUGUGGAAACAAUCCUGACGAAUCCCGUAACCCGACGCCUACUGUGUUCUUCGGAAAAGUUCAUCAACAAACCCACGAUCAGUCGUAACCCAGACCCAACCGAUUGGCCACCGUGCCGUCUCGGGAUCUUCGUCUCCGCCUAUGACAAAAUCCACAACCACCCGCCAACGUCGCUGUUUUUGAUCCGAUAA